GCGCCUUUUGUGUGUGACACUAUACCGGAAAGAGACGGAGACGGAGUUUUACAUUGAAGGAGUAAACCUGCUAUAAUGUUGAGUAAGUCUGCAGAUGUAACCGUCCACUCUUUGGUGUUCAGGGAGUAACGGACGAGAGUGAAACAGAACUUCCUCUUACAAAAGAGAAGAAUGAGCGACAACGUCAGCAAAUGGACGCCUGAAAUCGUGUUACACAGAACAGUUUAUUCCACUCACGGCCCGCCUCCAGACACGCCUACUCUGCUGUGAUUGGUCACACUCCCAAGAUCUCCAGAGGACUUCUGGACUGCUGCUGAAGCCCAUUUUCUAAUUUUGUAAUACAUCAGUGAAGAACAUCUUCCCCCUGAGCAGCAGGAGUGGAACUCCAGGAUGCAGCACAUUAAAGACAAAGAGGAGGGUGUGCACCUACGAGAUCUCAACAUAAAAGAGGAAAAGGAGGUGCCACAGCUUCUUAACGUUAAAGAGGAAGAAAAGGAGCUACAGCCGCUUCACAUAAAAGAGGAACAGGAUGAUCGCAUCAUCAGUCAGGAGAAGGAGCAUCUUGAAGGAAUGGAGGAGUUCACAAUGAUUGGUGUCAAUGUGAAAAGUGAAAAUGAUGAACAUCAAAGUGAGGAGAAGAGAGAGCUGGAGCUUCCGAGCAGCAGCUCAACUCAACACGCGACUACAGAAGCUGACGGAGACCACGGCGGAGGAUCACCAGCUCACGACCUCUUAGCUCCACUAACAGAUAGCGACGACACAACAUCACGCUCCGACACUGAUGAUGAAGACUAUGAAGCUGAUGCGACCUCUCACACGGACAACACACGCUGGAAAUGCUCUCAGUGUGACAAAACGUUCGUUAGCAAGGGGAAUCUGAAAAUGCACAUGAGAUAUCACUCAGGAGAGAAACCUUUCUCCUGCUCUGUUUGUGGUAAAAAGUUUGUUGCUAAGUCAUUUUUGAAAUCACACAUAGCCGUGCAUACCGGAGAGAAACCUUUUCCUUGCACAGUGUGCGGUAAAAGAUUCUCGCAGCGGUAUUAUUUGAAGCUUCAUACAAGCGUGCACACGGGACAGAAACCGUUUCCUUGCUCCGUGUGCGGUAAAACAUUUGUUCAACAAGGUAAUUUAAAAACACACACGAGGAUACACUCUGGGGAGAAAGCGUUUCCUUGCACGGUGUGUGGUAAAAGAUUUGUGCAACAAGGUAAUUUAAAGUCACACAUGAGAGUACACACUGGAGAGAAACCUUUUCCUUGCAUGGUGUGCGGCAAAAUAUUCUCUCGGCGGUCUCAUUUGAACGAACACACACGAAUACACACCGAUGAGAAACCUUUUCUUUGCACGUGGUGCGGUAAAAGAUUCAAGGAAAAAGGGGGUUUAAAUAAACACACAAGGGUACACACUGGAGAGAAACCAUUUCCUUGCAUGGUGUGCGGUAAAAGAUUUUCCCAGCAGGCACAUUUGAAAGUUCACAUCAGAGUACACACUGGAGAGAAACCUUUUCCUUGCGUGGUGUGUGGUAAACGAUUCGAUAAUCAAAGUACUUUAAAAAAACACACAACAAUACACACUGGAGAGAAACCUAUUCCUUGCACGAUGUGCGGGAAAAGAUUCGACAAUCAAAGCACUUUUAAAAAGCACACAAGAAUACACACUGGAGAGAAACCAUUCGCUUGCACGGUGUGCGGUAAAAAGUUCACUCAGCAGUCACAAGUGAAGGAACACACAAGAGUACACACUGGAGAGAAACCUUUCUCUUGUGCAGUUUGCGGUAAAAGAUUCUCUAAGAAGAUAUCUUUGACGGGACACACAAGAACACACACAAGAGAACAAACCUUUCUUGUUCAGGGCGUGGUCAGCGAGUCACAAAUACUACAAACCUGACCCAACACAAAAGAAUCCACGCCGGAGAGGAAGUGGAUUGCAGUUGGGGAAGUACGAAAAAGCAAGGCAGUAUUACUGUACAAGAAGCGAAAGCUGUAGAAAACAACGACUUUGAACAUUUCAAACUGACAUUAUGAUAAAAGGUGUCAUUAAUCUCACUUUUUUUCUUGAAUAAACAUACCCAAAAUCUAAAUUCCAUCAUGCCGGGGCAAAAAAAAUAUGACUUAGUGGGAAUGCAAAAUUGUAAUUUCCAUACACUGCUCGCUUGGUCCUAUUUUAAAUUUGUCAUAAAUAAUAAAUUAUAUGUUUUACUUUCAUGGUGUAUAUGGAAUAAAGACAAGAUUGAGCACCAGUCCAACUUUACCACUGUGUUAUUGAUGCCAAAAAAAACUAUUUAUAACUUUUGAAAUACAUGAUUUAACAUAAUUAGAGCCAUGUAGACAUGGAAUGUCACUAAGAAGCUCACAAACUAACUUGUUCUCAAAUGUACUCAUUCUAAACUUAAGUAUUUCAAGGGGAGUAGGAGAGGAACUUACCACUUCCACACGGAAUGAGAGGUCAAUCUUUUUAUCACUCGAUCUCCGCCAUGACAUGUGGGGUUGGUGCUGUUGGAUUAAUAGCCAGCAGUGCCAGCUGUAUUAGAUGUACAAUGCGUGCAUAAUAAGUCGGUUUUAAUACCCAUGUUAUGUUAUGUUAUGUUAUGUUAUGUUAUGUUGUGUUGUGUUGUGUUGUGUUG